AUGCAAUAUCUGUAUUCUAUUUUUGACACAAAUAUUCUAAAAUUUGUGAAUAAUAAAUUUUCAAUUUUAAGUGACUUUUUGGCGCACGGAUUCGGGUUUGGAAGGAUUCCAGCCCUAGUCAACUGUGGCAUUACUGCUCAAACCGCAAAUAAUACAAUUUUAUCCCCAAAUAGCAUAAUUAAAGAUUUAAUCGACGGACUCAACACACUGUUUUGGAAGGGGAAGCAUUUUAAGGGUACCACGAGGUCAGGGGACCAGGCCCAAAACCGCCCAGCAAGUGGGAGGACCAAUCGUACUUCAGGCCGCUGA